AUGCAAAAAGAGCUGCAGUCCUUCCUCGGAUUCUGCAACUUCUACCUCCUCGUCCACUUCAUAGAGGACCGCGAGACGAAGCUAGAGACUGACGCGUCGGAUGGGGUUAUCGCGGGCGUGCUCUCACAACUAGCGGACGAUGGACAAUGGCACCCGGUCUCGUUCCUUACGAAAACGAUGAACGCAGCGGAGUGUAACUAUGAGAUACACGAUAAGGAGCUCCUGGCUAUUAUCAGGAUGCUAAACGCACGGCAAGCUCGAUGGAUCGAGACCCUUGCUAUGGUUGGAUUCGAAAUCCACUAUCGCCCGGGCAAGCAAAACGUCGUCGCCGACGCUCUUUCCCGCAAGGCCCAGGACGUGCAGUUACAGAAGGCGCUCAAGGAGUUGAACCGCUCGCAGAUCCUAAUCCCAGCAACUCAGUUUGCAGGGGGCACGACGGGAGGGGCUGCUAUAGCCGCAGGCGCCGCAGGCGGAGACGACCCUACUAUUGCCAUAUACCCCCGGUUCCGCAAGACAAGCCGAGACCCCAAACUCUAG